AGCUUGCUAGCGAGUGUGUUUGUGAGUCUGUCGACUUCAACUUUCCCCCGCAGUUUAUUUGUCUGUGUGAAGCAGUCGCCGGUGUGCCGCCACAUUUAUCCGCCAGUCGGAGCUCCAUCAUGUCGGGGACGCAGCUGCUCAGGCUGCUGGUGAACGAGCGGCUGGCGGCGGCUGCGGAGGAAAUCUUUGGACUUGUUGAGAAAACCAUAGCAGAGUAUCAGGACGAAGUUGUCCGCUCCAAGAGAGAAAUCCUCCAGCUGAAACAAGAGAUCAAGCAGCUGACCGUUUUAAAACCUGAAAUAACAUUAUGCAGAGCAGACGGCCAGCCGCUCUGUGAGGAGACGCUUCCUCCACAGCAGCUGGAGCAGAGUCCCAGCCUGGACGAGACGGAGCUGCAGGAGCCUCCGCAGAUCAAACAGGAGCAGCUGGAUCUGUGUAUCAUUCCAGACCUGGAGGCCGGGACCUCCAACAGUGUGAAAGCCGGACUCGCUCGCUCAGAUCAAGAUGUUGAGGAUGAGUGGAACGGCAGCGACAGCUCGGGCUCGUCCUCGUCCCGUCACAGCCACGGCGAUGCUGCCUUCAUGGAACAGGAGCACGCGCAGAGAGACGAAAAGGCUUGCCGUUUUUGCGGCAAACACUUUAGCAGGGACUCCGAUUUGAUCAGGCACGUGGACGAGAGUCACACCGGCGAGAAAGCCUUUAAAUGCCCUGAAUGUGACAAAGAGUUUGCGCGUCGGGACCACUUGGCUGUGCAUUUGAGAAUCCACACGGGCGAAAAGCCACACAGCUGCCCGUUCUGUGGAAAAUCCUUCGCUCAGAGCUCAAAUCUCAAUGUUCACAUGAGGAUGCACACCGGGGAGAAACCGUAUUUUUGCAAAACGUGCGGCAAAAUGGUUGCCCACAGCUACCACCUGAAAACUUGUGGUAUGACGGAGCCCAAAGGGGAGAAGUCAUUUCGUUGCAUAGUUUGUGGCAAAAAAUUUCACACGGCUUCAAACUUGAGGGUGCACAUGAAGAUCCAUGAAGCGAGGAAGCCAUACACGAUUGUGUAGCUUGUAGCUGAUUGUUGACACAAGGUUCCUGCCUAAGAGCUUGAAUGCAGACAGCUCGGAGGGAAAACAGCAAGCUUUUAUGGCAGUAUGACACAGUGACUUUCCCUCUGACUUUGGCCUUUUGUGUCCAGAGAUCAAAAUGUACCGUAGCUUUCUUUAUUGAGACAGUAGGCAAUAAGAGGAGUUAAUUGGUGAGAAGAUUGUCUUCAUCUUAUCAUCUUAUCCAGCAUGGAGUUAUGUGGCUCUAUUGGUGUAAAGUUUUAUUUUACCCCAAAUCCCACAUCUUACCUUUCUCUCAGCCUAAACAGUUCAGACCAUGGUAAUCUGGGUAUGAAGAUGGCUGUCUGGUAGUGUUACAUUAACUGAGGCCUUAACCUGCUGCAGGCAUAUCAAAACAGAGCUCAAGUGCCAUGUCAAAUGGUUUGGGACAGUGUUUAGGUGUUCAUGUCCUCCGUCUUUGGGGGCGGUUGCCUUCAUUUUGUUUAGUGACACCAGAUCACUGUCAUGUAAUGACAAUGAGAUGGUUUUGAUCAUAUGUGCUUUUAUUGAUCACAGACAGAGCUGGGAUCUGCUUCAUGAAGCAGCAGUAGCAGGAUUUGCUGUAAUGGCACACAAAUCGGAUGGUUUUAAACCGUUUCUCUUCUCUAGAUACGAGCAAGAUUUCAUAUUGUUACCACUAUGCCAGUUGGUUAAGUAUUCAGGUUCAAAGUCAGCAAAGUGUCUAAGGAGAGGUCAAUAGGAACACAGCCACAUUUAAAGAGAACCACAGGAUCAACAUGUCUUGUUUAUUUGUUUGUGUCAAAGAAUGAGUCUAAUGAGAGUCUUGCAGGCUCAGCUGUUACACCAGGCACAGUUUUGGAUGUCAUUUGGAUGACAUUCAUAAAGGACAGUAGCUGUUUCAUAGCUGUCAAUGUCAUUUUUAUCAUAUAACAUUCAGAGCACUUAUGUUUGUGUUCAUAAGUGAAUGCAGUCAGCUGAAACUAUACCAUGUAAUUGUCCAUGGAAAAAGCUUCAAUUCAAAUGCAGCUUUCAAAGUUUGUAUGAAGCAGCACACAAGGUUCCUCGUGCCCAGCUUCUGCACAGGAAUUUAAACACACCACUGCCUGGCUUGUGAAAUGCUUUGCAUAACAUAAAGGAAAAACACAUGAAUAUGUAAAAGACCACAUCAGUGGUUCUGCAAAUUUGUAUACUUCACAUUUCUGCUCAUCUAAGCUGUUGUGUUUUAAAACUCCAUACUCAAGUAAAAAAUUCUUGCCCCAUAUCAACAAAGUCCUACACCCUCACCAUCAAUAUGAUUUAUUUCAUAUUUUGCAAGUAAAGAACAUGGCAAGCAACACGUGAAACACCUGUCUUUAGUACUCCUGCAUGAUUUGCAGAAUGGUUUGCUGCAAUGUAUAAUGCAAACAUUCAAAAUCACUGGUAUGGCCCUUUAAAGCACAGAUGAAACAGUAUGAGAACUGUUAUGCUUCCUGUUUGACAGUGGAAGUAAAACUAUUUUGCGGGCUGGUAGUGAAGCACUUUUUGUCUCUCUCACUGUAAACACAUGUAUAAUGGUAGUGCCAUGGUGGUCAGAGAGGGUGUGGAUCUCAGCAACAGCCAGUAUGUUCAUCAGUACAUUCAGACAGCCAGUAAAAAGUGGCUUAGAUUUUUUUUUACUCAAAUGUGACACAUCUGAUUUUGUUCUAUGUCAGUGUGAACAGACAAAAGUGUCAUUAUUCAGUCAUUGUCAGCAGUGGCGGGCCAAAACAAAACAUAGAGGAUCACAGCAGUGAUGAUGAGGACACAGGAGGUUACAAAUUGAAUAGAUAUAUAGGAAGAUAUUUCAAUCCAAGCUCUCCUCUGCCUUCUUGUCCUCAGCCUGAGCA